GACCGCCCCCAAAAAGAGUGCGCGGCCAUGUUGAAUUGUCAAUUUUCUGAAAGAAGAGACAAAAGAACAGUGACAAGUCGGCUGAAUUGUCAAAAAAGCGAGUGUAUUAUCAAAACUAAUUCAAAAAGCCUCGAUGAAUACAAGUGGCGUUGAGAAAGGUGAAGAUUUCGGAUGCAUGUAACUACCAGAAGGUAACCUGGAAAUUGCAUUGAGCGAAAAGUUCUCAAAGCUGUUUUGGACUGCUAUCUUAGCAUAUACAGCAAGAAGACACCGGGACUGCAACAAGAAAAUAAUAGACAUUAAAAGUGUACAGUCAAAUCAGUAGGGGAAAAAAAAAUUGAGUGAUAUUUGUUUGAAGCAGAAUUGAUUUUCAGCAAACGAAAUUCUACAGUGUUAAAGUCACACAUAAGAGGAAUAAUCUGUAACUUGGCUCAGAUAACCAUAUUUUGCUACUGGCCAGUUUGAAUGUAAAAAAAAAAAAAAAAAAAAAGAAGAAGAAGAAGAAGAUAUAGCACUUGGAUAUUAAAAGCCAAGAUACUUACAUAAAAGACAAGGAAAAACAAAAACAGAUCCUGUUAAAAUUAAGAGUAUAGCAAGGAAAAGACUACUUUGCCACAGCAAAUUUAGUUUUUGAGAUAGAUGUUUAUGUUUUGGACAGAUAUAUGAUCUAUUUAUUCAUAUGAAUGUUAAUUUCUCCCUUUUUGGAGAGUUGUAAAUAGACAAAAUUCAUACGUUGGGCUCUUUUUUUCAAGAGGUCUGAACGUAGGGAUUGUGCACACAAUACUCUUUAAAUAAGAAAACGAAGAAGCAAACGUUUUUCUGGUUUUUAGAGCUAUUUUUACACGAGGGCAUUAAUAACCAACCGAGGGAAGCAAAUUAAUAAAAAAAUAAAAAAUAAAACAAAUAAAACUUGACACACUGUGAGUGGAUAAAAGAUUGUGCUGAUCUGUCAAUCAAGUUGUUGACGCCAUGGCUACAGCAAGAACAGCAAACCCAACAUCUGUGAUGGGACUGAACAAGCCAGCAAACGGGCAGCUCAAAGGACAGCCCAAACCAGCCAACCUGCAGUCAAUACCCAGUGCAGCUGCCCAGCAACCUGCAGGCCCCCAGAAAGGAAGCAGCAUCCCCCAGAGCAGUGGUGGCAUCAAAUUUGGAGAUGACUGGAAGAAGUGUCUUCAGCUGCCUCCAAAAGACACUAGAAUGAAAACUUCAGAUGUGACCUCAACCAAGGGGAAUGAGUUUGAGGACUACUGCCUGAAGCGGGAACUGCUGAUGGGAAUCUUUGAGAUGGGAUGGGAGAAGCCCUCGCCUGUCCAGGAGGAAAGCAUCCCAAUUGCUUUGUCAGGCAGAGACAUUCUGGCCCGGGCCAAAAACGGUACGGGGAAAAGUGGAGCCUACCUCAUCCCUCUCCUCGAGAGGAUAGACCUGAAAAAGGAUCAUAUCCAGGCCAUAGUAAUGGUGCCCACGAGAGAGUUAGCCCUGCAGAUGAGCCAGAUCAGUAUUCAACUGAGCAAGCACUUAGGAGGGGUCAAGGUCAUGGCCACCACCGGAGGCACCAACUUGAGAGACGACAUCAUGCGUCUGGAUGAGACAGUGCAUGUGAUCAUUGCCACACCAGGCAGGAUCUUGGACCUGGUCAAGAAGGGUGUGGCAAAGGUUGAUAAAACCCAAAUGAUGGUGAUGGAUGAAGCAGACAAGCUGCUGUCUCAGGACUUUGUGAUCUUGAUUGAAGAAAUAAUCAGUUUCUUGCCCAAGGACCGGCAGAUCCUGCUUUACUCUGCCACCUUCCCCGUCAGUGUGCAAAAAUUCAUGGCAAAGCACCUGAAGAAGCCGUAUGAGAUCAACUUGAUGGAGGAGCUGACGCUGAAGGGCAUCACCCAGUACUAUGCCUAUGUGACUGAGAGACAGAAGGUCCACUGCCUCAACACACUCUUUUCUAGGCUUCAGAUAAACCAGUCCAUCAUCUUCUGUAACUCUACCCAAAGGGUUGAGCUCCUGGCCAAGAAGAUCACCCAGCUGGGCUAUUCCUGUUUCUAUAUCCAUGCAAAGAUGAUGCAGGAGUACAGGAACCGUGUGUUCCACGACUUCAGGAACGGGUUGUGCAGAAACCUGGUCUGCACAGACUUAUUCACCAGGGGUAUUGACAUCCAGGCGGUGAAUGUGGUUAUCAAUUUUGACUUUCCCAAAAGCGCAGAGACCUACCUGCACCGCAUUGGAAGAUCAGGGCGUUUUGGUCAUUUGGGAUUGGCCAUUAAUCUGAUCACUUCAGAAGACCGCUUCAACUUGAAGGGCAUCGAGGAACAGCUGGUUACAGACAUAAAGCCCAUCCCCAGCAGCAUUGACAAGAGCUUGUAUGUGGCAGAAUUUCACUCUGUGGACCCAGAUGAUGAUGGCGGUGAUGGAGAAGCCAAACAAAAAGAAUUGGGAGCAGCUUGAAUUAAUGGAGAAACGUGGCACCUGGCAUUCAUCGCACACACUGUCAGACAAGAUUCCAAGUGAAGAUUUCUGUCCUCCACUUUGCCAUAAAAAUGGUCUUUUAAAUUCCUUUUUAUUUCCAGUUUUAGUUUACAGCAGUGGUCAGUUCUGUCUGGGCAUAGUUUACAGCACAUACUGGUCAGCUGGCAUGUUUCACACUGAAACAGCAAAUGUUAAUCAGUCUGGCCUUCUGCAACACUGCCAUUGAUAUCACUGUAUCCUGUGACUUGGGCUGGAUUUCUGAAGUCUGUCGUUUAUCUUAGCCUCUCACUACACUGGAGAGAAAUUCUCAUCAACCUUUUAUGGUGGUUUGAUGGUAGAGAAAUGUGAAAUCAAAGAUGGACUUGAAUGAAUCAGCCAAGGUCACGACCCUGCUGUGUAGAUAAGGCCCUUUCCACUGGUAAUGUUCACCUCAUGCUGGCAUGCCUUUGAGUAGGUGGCCACAGAGGAAACCAAAGCUGUAGAGUAAACCAGAGUAUUAAAGUUAGAAUAAGCUAGAAUAUUAAAGGCUCCAGAAACCAAAAUGACCACUUGAGCUUUGAUGGCCAUCUCAAAAUAAGGCUGCCAUGAUGCUGCAGUUACAAAGGGCAGAAACAAUAUUGACAAUUAACUUUUUAUUAUGAGUAUUUUUUUUAGAGUCAAGGGUUUUUGCUGCCGAAAUAUGACAGCUUAAGGUGACUGUCAGUUACGCUAUAUGGUUCUUUAUGUCAAAGCACAAGCCCGUUAAUAAGGGAAAGUCAGUUUACUAUGUAAUUGUUUUCAUAUCCCUUCAAAGCUAUAGAACCAGGCAGCAUCUUCUCAGGUCUGUAGAUUAUUGUUGGUUUUAUGUGAACCUGAAAUGUCAAGAGGCCUUAGUCAAUUUAGUUUUUUUUUUUUUUUUUUUUUUUUGAUGCCAAGACUCCCUAGAUGUUAAAUCACUGAGUUUGUUUCCAUGCCCUCCCUUCUACACUCCAAAGUGCCUUAAUCUAGCACCUGUCCGCUAUGCUUUGCUUUUUUCUGCCCAGUUCUCCAUGCCAUCUUUAUUUUAUGACAUAUUACAAAAUGUGGCCUGAAAAAGGAGCAGGGAUGGUCAUUCCCAACAAUAAGUCCUGAUUGAGGAAUUGCUGCAAUUCCUCAUAAGAGUUUUGAAACAGUUACACCAUAAAAUGAUUUUGUAAACGUGACCAGCUGCAGUUUUCUUUUUUUUUUUUUUUUUUGGUAUGGCUUUGUUAAACUGACUCCUGACCACAGCACAUUACAUGAACGACAAGGUAUCUAAAAUGCGAGGGAGUGCUAUUUCCAUGUAUUUUUCUUUCUUUUUUCCCCCAAGUGAGUGCUGUCGUCUCUCCUCUACCUGUAUGAUUUACUCUGGUUGGUCUUGGCAUUAAUGUCAAGCAGCAGCAGAGAAGGGAUCAUUGUGUUUUUGCUCUUCCUCAGCUUCUGCAGUGGUAAAUACUCCUGUCUUUUGUUCAUGCCUGGCUCUGGAAUACCCUUGUUGAUGUUGGAUUGUGGCUCUCUAGUUAUUGAGCCUCAGUGAAGACAAAAAAAAAAAAAAAAAAAAAUCCCUUUUCAUUAGUCAUGUGACACUUCUGUUGAACUUCAAUGUGAAGUGUACUGAGAAGGGUAUUUCACAGCCACGGCAUUAAAAAGGAAAUGCUUUGUGAGUAUGUUGUCAAACCUUGUCAAACUUGAGACCAUUUUUGUCCCAGCUCUGAACUGUGGAGAAUGAUAUACCUCCAUUUCUUGUUAUGACACCAGAUUUGGUUGAGACAGCUGAGUUUAUUUUGUAUGAAGUGCGUCAAUGCCAGCGCCUCGAAGGAAUGAAUAAAGUCCAACUACAUCUCCA